CGAGUCUUUUGAUAUUUUCAUGGGAAGCCUGAGUCGAAGGCGUUCUCUGACAUCGAUCAUUUCGGUCACCAUUGCGCAAAGUAGUUUGCCUGGAGACGUAAUGCGAUUGAACUCUGUCUCCAGCACGAUCUUUUUGCACCCUGGGUAAUGAAUGCUCAAACGCAAAAUAUUCCUCUAGUACCAUCUCCUCUUCCAGGCUGUGGGAAAGACUUGCGUGUUCGCUAGUAGGGGUUUCAUCACCGGAUUCAUGAGCGUCCGGAAUUUGGAGUUUGGAGAAUACUCCGUUGUUGACCCGAGGUAUUUCCUGUUGCUCGGUUUGCAGUCCAUUCUCAGGAUGACAGUACUGAACGUGCUCAGCAACAAAGUUCCCGUCCAGGUCUGAGAAAGGGCAAAACGGGCAUGUCGGAUCGGUUGAACCAUGGCGGUACAUUUUCUCCGUUAGUUUUGUUGGUGGGGAGGAUUGAGACGGAUUCGGAUGGUAUGCCGCAGUUUUUGUUGUCACCGAUGAAAGUUGAGACGAGGACGCUGAAAACCGCUGAACAAAAGGGACAGUAAAGGCGGUAGCCAAAAUAUACGAACACAAAGUAGUCGAAUGUAACUGCGCGACCUCUGUCUAGGGGUACAUGAGGUUGACGAUGUCGUCAGAUGCGAGAUGCAAGAACCCGUCCGGCUGGAGGGGCCGCAUGUCAGUCAAGCCUCGCCAGGCUGAAACAAUCAGCACGAGACAAAGCUCGUUGGGCCAGAGAGCCAAAAAAUAAUCUCGAGCUGGAGAAUAAAUAUCUUAAUUUUGCAUUCGAGACGACUACUACUAUUUGGUAGAAGAGAUAGAAGUAGAAGAUGCACUCUCCAAACCCCCCGGUCCGACUCUAUAAAAUUGCUUGUUCGCAUCAAUAUGGCCCGAGGAUACCUAGCCUGGCCACGCUGGCUCAGGCACCACAGUGUAAAUCUAUUCUUGGCCAAUCACGGGGCGGAAAUAAUCCCGACAUCGUCUUUGUGGGUCUCAGAACCUUGGAGGGUUUGCGGGCUUUACCUAAUUAUUAAGAUGAAAAGAUUGUCGCUCUCCACACGGAAGGCGGAAAGAGAAAGAAGAAAAAUUAUGCCUCCGCUUUCGCAACCCCGCCGGGCCACAUAAAAGAUUCCGUUGCCGGACAGUCAUACUUGCUCUAGAAUUGGACCACACCUGCGAGAGAGAGCGCCUCCAAGAUGAACGGCCAUUCGCAGUCCUAUCCAGAUGUCAUAUAUGCUCUAAAAGAUGCACCAGCAAACGCAGCAAAGAGCAAUUGGGUUGUACAAAAGUUCGGAGGUACGAGCGUCGGGAAAUUCGCCCACAAUAUCAUCGAUCAAGUCGUUCUACCAAGCCUGGUAGAUCAAAAUGUUGCUGUCGUUUGUUCUGCAAGGAGCAGUUCGACAAAGGCCGAGGGCACUACCAACCGGUUAUUACGAGCAGCGCGCGAUGCAGAGAACUCUCAGUCAAGGCAAUACCUUUCCUUCGUUGAGGCUGUCCGGUUAGAGCAUGUCCAAGUCGUUGAUACUCAGAUUCGAUCGGACGAGAUCAAAGCACAACUCCGUUCAGAGAUUAAUGCCGAAUGCGAAAAGGUCCUAAAGGUCUUGGAGGCUGCUCAGACACUUGGGGAAAUCAGUGCGCGAUGCGUCGAUAAAGUGAUUAGCACAGGAGAGAAAUUGAGUUGCCGCCUCAUGGCUGCCUUUCUCCAAGAUCGAGGGGUUGACUCGCAGUAUGUGGAUCUUUCCGAAAUCAUCGAUUUCCACAUCUCGGGGCAAGGCCUCGAUCAGUGUUUCUACGACAACCUUGCUGCCGCUCUUGGCCGCAAGAUCUACGCCUGUGAGAACAAAGUUCCGGUCAUCACCGGAUACUUUGGUACUGUACCCGGCGGCUUGCUUGACCAAAUUGGCCGUGGCUACACUGACCUUUGCGCAGCAUUGGUCGCCGUUGGCGUUCAUGCCAAGGAACUCCAGGUGUGGAAGGAAGUCGAUGGAAUCUUCACUGCGGACCCUCGAAAAGUGCCUACAGCGCGACUCCUCCCUGCCAUAACCCCUGCAGAGGCCGCUGAAUUGACAUUUUAUGGUUCAGAGGUGAUCCAUCCCUUCACUAUGGAACAGGUUAUCCGAGCCAAAAUUCCCAUCCGGAUCAAAAACGUCAUGAACCCAAAGGGCAAUGGAACUGUAAUCUUCCCCGAUUCUACCUACGAGUUAGAAAGGACGACCCCUGGCCAUGAUCCGAGAUUGUUCCGUACGAGGAGCCCGAGCCUUUUACAGCGCCCAAAACGCCCGACCGCUGUUACCAUCAAACAUAACAUCCUCGUCAUCAACGUGCAUUCAAACAAACGCUCCCUCUCCCAUGGUUUCUUUGCAGGAAUUUUCUCUGUCCUUGACCGCUGGAAAUUAUCGAUUGAUCUGAUCUCCACGAGCGAGGUUCAUGUUUCGAUGGCUCUGCAUUCGGAAAGACCACUGUUAAACGGUGUUGGCAGAGAUGAAUAUCAGAUCAUUGAUGAGGAUCUGAAAGGAGCCUUGAACGAUCUACAGAGAUAUGGUACCGUUGAUAUCAUUCCUGGAAUGGCCAUUCUCAGCCUCGUCGGCAAGCAAAUGAAGAACAUGGUCGGAGUGGCUGGACGUAUGUUUACAACUCUUGGUGAAAACAAUGUCAACAUUGAGAUGAUUUCUCAAGGUGCGAGCGAGAUCAACAUCUCGUGUGUCAUUGAGGAGCGAGACGCAGAUCGAGCGCUCAAUAUCAUACAUACCAGCCUUUUCACGUUCCUUGAUUAGAGGAGCUUCUUUCUCGGCCUCCUCUUUAUUGACCUCUUGUACAGUUCAGCGAAACCUCUUCUUGUUAUAGGAUAUCCACUAUAAUUUCCCUGCAGCCUUGAAAGUCCACGGGCUUUGACAUUGUUGACGAUUAGAUGAUGGGAGAGGUGCUUAUCUGCAUGGCGGCGUUUUUCAUGAUUUGCGUGAUAUUUCAGCCAGUUGUAUAUAGCUGCGUUUUUUCUGGGAUAGAUUUCUUUUGUACAGGUGUUACAAGCCUGACGGAUAAAGUACAUGUCCUGACUUUGGUCUUUGGGUUUUCUAGAUGACUUUACAAAUUAUGCAUAUAGAUCUCUAUUUGGGACCUCCAUUUAUAGUUGGUCAAAGAGUUCUUUGAAACGAGCCCGUGUGUCCCCUCCGUACGCCCUUGGCAAUGUAAAGCGACCUUCAGAUCAAAAAACUUUCUACCUAGGUAGCGAAUGCUCACUACUAGCCCGUCCUAUCAGCCUUCGCACCCAGCCUUUGUUCCUUACAGUACAACCAUCUACCCGCUACAAUACUGGUGUGAGAGAUCCCUUGUUUGUGAAAGGAGACAGUCAAGGGAGACUGAUUUGGAAGGAAUAUUGGAGGGGAUGAUCCUCUCGCAGAAGUAGGGAGAAUGCGUCCUUGAGUAAAGCCCUGGCAUAACCGUUGGUUUACGAUUCCACCCCUAGUCCGAAGUAGUGUUUGCAACGCACUCAUAGAGACUCGAGUGACAAGUCUCGAAGUGACCCAUGAUCUGCCGAGAUCGCCAAACACGAUGACUGUUGGUGGCGGAUCAUCGCGCAGCAAGGAGAGCCAGUCGUUGAACAAGCUCGAAGCCCCUACUGCUGUUUCAGGAAUAGCCCG